AUGUUGUGCACUAAAUAUUUUAAGAAAUCAUCAUUAAUUGAUAAUUUUGGAAAGAGGCUAGUCAAAUCUGCAGUACCUGAUGAGGAAUGUGAUAAGAUCACAUUAGCUGACCUUAAUUUGGAACAAAGGAAUGUCAUUCAACAUAUUGUGGGUCCAUCAACUACUAAACAACCACUGUCUGAAAAUAUUCAGAAGACUAUAACUGUUCCAAAUGUAUUUGAGCCGGUUGCGGGUCCGUCAAAAUGUAUACAACCCUUGUGUGAGAAUGUGCAUUAUAAGACCAUUCCUGACAAAACUAGUGCUAUUACUCAAGUAACUGAGAGUAUCAACCCUGUUGCUGCUGCAAAUCCAUCACGAAAAACAAAAAGGAUAAAGAAUAUGUUGAUAAAAAUGAAAUAUCAUCUGAGAAAAAUUAACAGGCUUCAAAAAACUGUAAAGCAUCUAAAGAAUGAAGCAUUUCUCAAAGUAUUGAGCAAAAAUGAUUCAGUAAAUGAAAUAUUAAAAUGUAAAAUAUCCCCCUCUUUUGCAUUAUUUUUGCAAGGAGAAUUGCAAAACUAUAAAAAAAUCAAAAGGUCGAAGAUGGAACAUGGACUCCAAAAUAAUAGCACUAAGACUGUAUAA